AAAUAUGUGAUUUGAGCAUAAUUUACCCAUAAUUAGUGUAUUUAGUGAAAACAAAAUGCAUCGGCAAACUUUAGUGGCAAGCGAGAAAGACAGUGCCAGUUCAGUGGUCGUGAGUGACAGUGACGUGAUAAUGGACCUGCCAGAGUUGGAGCCCUUGGAAGCUGGCGUCCCCCCUCGCCACUACCAAUACCAACCCACUCGGUACUGCAGCAACCUCGCCAGCCGAGGUCUCUUCAGAGGCCCACUCCGCAUCUGCAGACUGCUAGCAUUCCUGAUUCUGUUGCCCAGUCUGUUCAUCUUUAUACCGCUUUACAUGAGGUACCGGGUGUUCCAGGCACAGAUGUACCCGAUGAGCAUGACGGACAUGAGGCUGAUCGACAGCAAGAUCUCGCCCACCUGGUGCCAGCGGCAAGUAGUAAAGUCCAACACGACCUUCAACGCCUUCGUGAUGCCGGGGCCUCCAGAGAUUUCUGAAGAGUUGGUGCCAGUCUCCAUGACCAGAGAGCUGGAGCUGGAAGACGACAUGAAGGAGUACUGGGGGUUCUAUCUGCUCAAAGGGUCUACGGUCACCGUGUCUGCUUGUGUCAACCACCCCGGAGCGUCUCUCAUCAUGAUCAAAGGCUACAAACACCUAAAGGACUGCGCGUACAUCGGUGACGACUCCUCAGAAGAAGUAGACGAACUUCUAGAAGCAAACAAGCUAGGCCAACUAUCAGACACCAUCCUAGCUGAGAAGAUUCUGAAGUUGCUUGAUGAGAUGAAUAAUGGGGAAACUAAUAAUCCUGGAAUAAUGAAGCGCCACAAAGCAGGCAUCAGCUUUCUGGACCGCGAUCGACACACUAACAAUGUGACGUCAUCCGAGUCUGUCCCCGCUGCCGACGUCACGGACCACGAUCCCAAGGAGCUCCGUGAAAUCCUGGAAAGCCUACACGCGCAACGACAAGCAGCAAAAACAGAGUCGUUCAAGCACUAUCAGCCUCCGGAUCAUUUGAUGUCGCUGAAGACUGCCAAGCAACGGCACCGAGACACCAACAUCGACAAGGAGGAAAGACAGUUCUUGUCGUUCAAAGAUCUCAAUGCAAAUACCAGCGACCAGAGCUCAAAUUCUGCAAAUACGAACAGAGAAACCACAACAUCUAAAGUUGAUGAAACUACCUCAGAAACAAAGAAUGUGGUCACGACAGAUAAACCAGUAGAUAAUAUUAUUGAAGUGGAAAGUGGAAAAUAUAUGAAACGUGGUAACAUUGACGUGGAACCGACCGCUGAUGCUCAAGAGCCUAGUUCUCGGGAAGUAUUCGAGAACAUACUGCACCAGCUGAAGGGCCUGGGUCCUCGAGGCACCAGGGUUCUCAAACGGCUCCACAAAACCAUGGGCGUGGAUUAUCCUCAACAGGGUCACGUGGCUAAUAUAAUGGGGGCUGUGAAAGGCAGCGAAGAAGACCUGGACCGGCUCAGAAAGGUGCUGGUUGAAGCAAUUGAUGAAGAGAAAACGCGUCCUCAGCGACGGCAAAAGAGGCAUGACGCGAGAGAAGAAGCUCGAGCGAAGCGAGAUCUCAUGUUGGGGCAGAUCGAGAUACAGAAGGAAUUCAACGAGGAUGAUGAAGCACGAAACAAUGCUGCUGAGGAGGACGUACAACCAGACGGCUACGCCGAGCACCACGAGGUCAUCAACGAGACGACUCCCUUCGACAUGAGCAACUCGGAGUACUGGUCCUCGUUCUCCAGCUCCGAGGAACGGCUGCUGCAGUGCGACGGCCUGAUCCUCAACCUGCCCAUGACUCCUCAUAGAUCCUGCAUGAAGAAUGCUGAUGAGGCGCAGAGCGCGACUGCUGCUAAAGCUAACGCGCUUACAUACAGGGUUCCUGCUAACGGCUACUACUUCUUCGUGUUCAACUCUGAGAACGAACGCCAGAAGAACUUCAUCCGCGCCAAGUUCGACCUGCAGAAAACCAGGUACGAGGUGGCGCAGACCGCGCUGCGGGAGUGCCGGAACAGCACGCAGCGGUGCGACCUGCUGCUCGACAUCUUCUCUAGCCAGAAGGUGGUUCUAGAAGUUCCCCUACGCAACAACGACUCCCUCUGGAACGAGCAAUUUGUGAUCGUGUCCGAAUGCGAACCCCGGACCUCCGUAUACCUGACCUGCGUAGUCGCCGUGCCUCUGCUUAUCAUGAUAUUCGCCUUUCAAUGA